GGCCAGGCCAGGCUGCCACCUGCCACCCCUGCUGUCCAGCAACUGAUUCAGCGUGCCCCUCCAGCUCAACCAUGAGGCUCACCCUGUCGCUCCCCGUCCUGGUGGUGCUCCUGGCGGUGGUUUUGGAAGGCCCAGCUCCAGCUCAGGCUGAACUAAGCAUCCCAGAUAGUGUGAAAAAUUUUGGAAGCACCGUGGAGAAGAAGAUCCUGGAUGCCGUUGACCACAUCAAAAAGAGCGACUUGCCUAAGAAGACCUGGACCUGGAUUUCAGAGACAUUCAGCAAAGCAAGGGACAAAUUAAAAACUACCUUCUCCUAAACACCAGGAGGGCUGCCCCUUUCCUCUAUGUCUGUGCCUCAGGAGGGGCUCUAAUUUCCCACACCCCUGGCCCCUGUGCCACAU